CGUGUGACUAAUGGAUUGACCCGGUUCACAACUUCAAUUUGUCCUCAAUCAGUGGCACCUUGGAAUUUCUCUACUCGGCUUCCUUUUGCGUGUUUGUUUUCUUUGGCUUUCUGACGGUCUUCGGCACUCCUCCCUCCUCAUCCAGACAAAAAGCGUGGACCUUCGGGUUUAACCCGCUCUCAAUCCCACCCAACGCCAUGAUAGACUGGUUGGUGUUUAAUGUCUCCGCGUAUCUUCAACUGGCAGCGACUACAGUAGUCCUUCACCUCCAUCUGAAACCAUGACUAGUUGCUCCGCUUUCAUACCUUGUUUUAUGCUUUUGACUCCGACGACGAACCAAUAAAGGUAUCGUCUUUCUUCAAAACGAUACCCCGAAACAUCCCUGUUUUAGUUUAUUAGUCACCUUGACACCCCUCCCCCCCUCUCUGUGUCUGAAGCUCAAGCAAGAAGAAUGACCAUGUUUUUUCGGUGCCAUCAGUGCUUCUGUGUAUGGCUUCUGCUCGGAGUAGGAACGGCUAUGGCAGCAACCGAGAGCAGUGGUUCGCAGACUAGAGAGCUGGAUCAGACGCCCACAUGGGCUGUUGCUGGGGUCUCUGCUUUCAUCAUCAUCAUUUCCAUUGCCUUGGAAAAGGUCCUUCACAAACUUGGAACGUGGUUUACAGAAAGGCAGAAGAAAGCUCUAUUUGAAGCUCUGGAGAAGGUUAAAGCAGAGUUGAUGAUUCUAGGUUUCAUCUCCCUCCUCCUAACCUUUGGGCAGAGUUACAUUGCCAGAAUCUGUCUUCCUGCUCGGGCUUUAGACAAUAUGUUGCCAUGUCCAUCUGAUGAUGAAAAUGACUCGAGUACUGAAAGUCGUCGCAGGCUAUUAUGGGUUGACCGCAGAUUUUUAGCUGCUGGUAGCUAUGCUCCCAGUUGCAAGGCGGGUUAUGAACCGCUUAUAUCUGUCACCGGAUUGCAUCAAUUGCACAUCCUCAUAUUUUUCUUAGCAUUCUUUCAUGUGCUGUACAGUGCUAUCACAAUGCUGCUCGGUAGACUAAAGAUUCGUGGAUGGAAGCAGUGGGAGCAGGAUAUCUCAUCCCAUGAUUAUGAGUUUUCAAAUGAUCCUUCAAGAUUCAGGCUUACUCAUGAGACAUCAUUUGUUAGAGCACACACCAGUUUCUGGACAAGGAUUCCUUUCUUUUUUUAUGUUGGAUGCUUCUUACGACAAUUUUUUAGGUCUGUUAGCAAUGCUGACUACUUAACCUUGCGCAACGGAUUCAUCACUGUCCACUUAGCUCCUGGAAGUAAAUUUAACUUCCAGAAGUAUAUCAAAAGAUCAUUAGAGGAUGACUUCAAAGCAGUUGUGGGAGUAAGCCCUAUAUUGUGGGCAUCAUUCGUGGUUUUCUUGGUACUAAAUGUAAAUGGAUGGCAGGCAUUGUUUUGGGCAUCCUUGAUCCCUCUGAUUAUAAUCUUAGCUGUUGGAACAGAACUUCAAGCCAUUUUGACGAAGAUGGCUCUUGAGAUCACAGAAAGGCAUGCAGUGGUCCAAGGGAUUCCACUUGUGCAAGCCUCAGACAGAUACUUUUGGUUUGGUCGGCCUCAGUUAGUUCUUCAUCUUAUCCAUUUUGCUUUGUUUCAGAAUGCAUUCCAAAUAACAUAUUUCUUGUGGAUAUGGUACUCAUUUGGGUUGAAAUCUUGCUUCCAUUCCAAUUUCAAGCUUGCUAUAAUAAAAGUUUCAUUAGGGGUUGCUGUCCUAUGUCUUUGUAGCUACAUCACCCUUCCGCUAUAUGCCCUCGUUGCUCAGAUGGGUUCGGGCAUGAAGAAAUCAAUUUUUGACGAACAAACAUCCAGGGCCCUUAAGAAGUGGCACAUGGCUGCGAAAAAGAAAAAGGGCGGGCGUGGAGGAAAAUCUCCUAGUACCAUAACUCUAGGUGGAAGCCCUACCUCGUCAACGCUGCAUGCAGCCUCCGGACGCACAUUGCACCGCUUCAAAACUACGGGUCACUCAACCCACGUGUCCGCCUACGACGACCAUGAGAGCUCUGAUUUGGAAGCUGAUCCUUUGUGUCCGACCUCAUCGACCACCAACGUGACUAUAACAGUAGAUCCUGAUCACGAGCAACAAUCUGAAGUACUAGAUGAACACCACUACGAAGAAGAAACCAGAAAUGAAAAUGACUUCUCAUUUGACAAACUUGAUCAUCUCCCAAAAUAAAAGAACUCUGAUGAUGAUGGCAUUGGCGGUUAUCAUCCACAAUUUUAUCAAUUUUUCUUUUAAACCGGUAUUACUAGGAAAGGUUGUGGUUUUUGGAAUGAAAGCCUAAAUAUAUAUGAGCGAUGUAUCUUUGUACA